UCUCUCCUGCUUUCGACUAGCAAGCAAGCAGCAGAGAUUAGCAGGCGAGCUGGGAGUGGGACCCUUCCUGUCUUCUUCUCCUUCUCCUUCUCCUUUCCUCACCUCUCCUCUCCUUCCAGAUCGAACAAAUACAAGGUGUUUGCUGCAUCUUGUUUACCUCACUUAACUUCCCUUGUCCAUCUCUCUCUCUCUUUCUCUCUCUACCAAAUACUAGUACCAAAUUCCUUCUUGUUUUGUUUCCAAGCAACGACCGGAUGGAUUGAUUCAUUCAGGCUUCAGUUCAGCCUAAGCUAAUCCAUCCCAUCUCUACUACACGGAGACUGGCCGGAGAGAGUGACGGAGAUGCCGUUCGCUUCCGCCGCCGCCACUGCUACGGCAGCUCUUCUCCUCCUCCUCCUCUGCUCGUUCUCCACUGCCCAGCCUGGUUUCAUCAGCUUGGAUUGCGGCGGAGACGAUGAUUACACGGAUGGCAUUGGGAUCCAGUGGACUUCCGAUGCCAAGUUUGUGUCCGGUGGACAGAAAGCAAACCUCUUGGUCCAAAAUCAAGUCUUGCAGCACCAAUACGCAACCGUUCGCUAUUUCCCCGCGGACAACAGGAAGUAUUGCUACACCAUGAACGUCAGGAACAGAACUCGCUACCUUGUUAGGGCCACCUUUCUCUAUGGCAACUUCGACAACAGCAAUGUCUACCCAAAGUUUGAUCUCUCCCUUGGAGCAACCCCAUGGACCACUGUUGUCGUUGAUGAUGCCACCACCCCAGUAGUUCAGGAGGCGAUUAUCCUGGCUGCUGCUCCAACACUCAGCGUUUGCCUCUCUAAUGCCAGCACCGGACAGCCCUUCAUUUCUACUCUCGAGCUUCGCCAAUUUAAUGGUUCCCUCUACUACACCACUGAUGAAAAACAGUUCUUCCUUAGACUCUCUGCAAGGAUCAAUUUUGGUGCAGAAAGCAAUGCAUCAGUCAGGUACCCUGAUGACCCAUUUGAUAGAAUAUGGGAGUCCGAUUUAGUCAGGCGAGCAAAUUACCUUGUCGAUGUUGCUCCAGGGACACAGAGAAUAUCAACUACAAAGCCCAUAUUCGUCAGUACCAACGAACAACCACCUCAAAGGGUCAUGCAAACUGCAGUGGUUGGCAAAGAUGGAUCCUUGACCUACCGGAUUGAUUUGGAAGAUUUCCCAGGGAAUGCUUGGGCGGUUUCAUAUUUUGCAGAAAUUGAGGAUUUGGCCCCAAAUCAAACUAGGAAAUUUAAGUUGGUCAUUCCAGGCAAGCCAGAUUUCAGUAAACCAACUGUUGAUGUAGAGGAGAAUGCCCAGGGAAAGUAUCGAUUGUAUGAACCAGGCUACACAAAUGUUCCUCUUCCAUUUGUUUUUUCUUUUGGAUUCAAGAAGACUAAUGAUUCAUCAGAGGGACCUAUCUUGAAUGCCAUGGAGAUCUACAAAUAUGUACAGAUUGCUAUGGGAUCUCAAGAUGCGAACAUCAUGGCCAGCUUGGUCUCACGAUAUCCUCAAGCAGAUUGGGCACAAGAGGGUGGUGAUCCUUGCUUACCAGCGUCAUGGUCUUGGGUGCAAUGCAGUUCAGAGGCAGCACCCAGAAUAUUUUCAAUCACAUUAUCAGGGAAGAACAUUACAGGGAGUAUUCCUGUGGAAUUAACAAAGCUAUCUGGGCUGGUCGAACUAAAGCUUGAUGGUAACUCAUUUUCUGGUCAAAUUCCUGAUUUCACUGGGUGCCGUGAUCUACAAUAUAUUCACCUUGAGAACAAUCAAUUAACCGGUGCAUUACCACCUUCUUUGGGAGAACUACCUAACCUGAAAGAGUUGUAUAUUCAGAACAAUAAGCUGUCUGGAGAGGUCCCACAAGCGCUUUUCAAAAAGAGCAUUAUUUUCAACUUCUCAGGAAACAGUGACCUUCACAUGGGACACAGCAACAUUGGCCACACUAUUGUAAUUAUUGUAUGUGUUGUGGUUGGGGCCAUUUUAGUUCUUGUUGCUGCUAUUGGAUGCUACCUGUUUACAUGCAAGGGAAAGAAGAAAUCAUCAGACGAAAAUGUUGUUAUUGCGGCACCAGCAAAAAAACUAGGUUCGUUUUUCAGUGAAGUGGCCACAGAAUCAGCACACAGAUUUACACUGUCCGAAAUUGAAGAUGCUACUGACAAAUUUGAUAGAAGAAUUGGUUCAGGAGGUUUUGGCAUAGUAUACUAUGGUAAGCUUACAGAUGGGAGAGAAAUUGCAGUCAAACUUCUUACAAAUGAUUCCUAUCAGGGCAUCCGAGAAUUCCUGAAUGAGGUAACAUUGCUUUCAAGAAUUCAUCAUAGAAACCUGGUGAGCUUCCUUGGUUACAGCCAGCAAGAUGGGAAAAAUAUACUUGUGUAUGAAUUCAUGCAUAACGGGACAUUAAAAGAGCACCUUCGUGGAGGCCCUGCUGAUGUGAAAAUAACCAGCUGGGUCAAGCGUCUUGAGAUAGCAGAAGAUGCUGCAAAAGGAAUAGAGUAUCUCCACACAGGAUGCUCCCCAACUAUCAUCCACAGAGACCUCAAGAGCAGUAACAUUCUCCUUGACAAGAACAUGAGAGCAAAAGUUGCAGACUUUGGCUUGUCAAAACCUGUUGUCGAUGGGUCUCAUGUAUCAAGUAUAGUUCGAGGAACAGUUGGGUAUCUGGACCCAGAGUACUAUGUCUCGCAGCAACUGACAGAGAAGAGUGAUAUGUAUAGUUUUGGUGUCAUUUUACUCGAGCUAAUCUCAGGCCAUGAGCCAAUCUCAAAUGACAACUUUGGGCUCCACUGCCGUAACAUUGUUGAAUGGGCUAGGUCGCACAUGGAGAGUGGAGAUAUCCAUGGCAUCAUUGAUCAGUCCUUGGACGCAGGAUAUGACCUGCAGUCAGUAUGGAAGAUUGCGGAGGUGGCAACGAUGUGCGUGAAGCCCAAGGGGUUGAUGAGGCCGUCCAUAUCGGAGGUGCUCAAGGAGAUCCAGGACGCCAUUGCCAUCGAGCGAGGAGGCCCUGAGCUGCCCUCCACCAUUCAGCAGCUCAUGUCCAAGACGUCUCCAUCGGUGAACAUGGACAGUUUGGAUCUGGAGCAGAAUGCGUCGUUCGACGAGCUGCUCAUGCGCCCAGGUCUCAGGUAGCUCCAGCAUCCACUCACGUCUGCCUGAUGAUUGUGUCUUGAAAGAGAGGAGAAAAAAAAAAGAGAGAUGUUUCCAUUCUACUUAGGUUAAGCUGUGCAUGUAUUAGAUUUGCUGCCGAAGCGAAAUUUUUGGGAACGGCUGGCUGAAUCUGUCGUUGAGCUUCAGUCACCUUUGAAUUUGAGUUCAAGUGUAGAUGGAUGAUCGUGUACAUUCUCACGAUUUUUACAUGGAUAUCAUAUUGGCUCCUUUGUCUCGUCCCCUCGUAUUAUUACUAUGUCAAAAGCGACCAAAAACAAGAU